AUGCUGAAGAGCUUCCUGUCUGCAGCAGUUCUCCACUGGCCUGUACCAUCGCCCAGGGUUCGCGAAAGCCUUCCCAGGGAGGGCUUGAAUCAGAUUCAAAUGUCGUCAACCUUCAUCGUCCGGCAAUCCGGGAAUCACUCCAUACAGAUUAUUAUUAUAUAUCUGGGCAACAAGAAGAACCGAAAAAGCAGACUACCAUGA